ACAUUUGUGUGCGGAAAGAAAAAUGGCGUUGGUGAUGAGCUGAUGUGGGAUGGGCGUCCUGUUAAAUGAGAGUAGAUCUUUUUUUUUCACGAUAGCGAUAAUGAAUGGUGAUAUCACGUCAAAGGAACAUGGCGAUCUUUCAAUUUUGAAGUGACAAUUAUUAUCAUAGGUGUAUUUCUCACUUUGUUCUCGUUCGUUCCCCGUACCAUUUUGUUUAGUUACAAUUGUGUGUUGGUAGGAAGUGCUGAAUAAUAUAAUUCCGCGAUAUCUGUAUGUAGGGGUGCGUGUUGUGCCUCUUGAACAAUAACAACGGAAUAUAAAUCUCAACACCACAAUUAAACAGCAUUAAUCUUCGCCUCGAGGGCUGUUUGUAAGAAAAUGGCCCGCGAAUAUGAUCAUUUGUUCAAGCUGCUGAUCAUCGGAGAUAGUGGUGUAGGAAAGAGUUCCCUGCUGUUGCGGUUCGCGGACAACACCUUUUCCGGCAGUUAUAUUACGACAAUAGGAGUGGAUUUUAAAAUUCGGACGGUAGAAGUUGACGGGGAAAGAGUGAAGCUACAAAUAUGGGACACUGCAGGUCAAGAACGAUUUCGAACGAUAACAUCUACUUAUUACAGAGGAACACACGGAGUAAUAGUAGUAUACGAUGUAACAAGCGGGGAUUCUUUUGCGAAUGUAAAAAGAUGGCUUCAUGAGAUCGAACAUAAUUGUGAUGUGGUCAACAGGGUAUUAGUAGGCAACAAAAACGAUGCCCCACACCGCAAAGUUGUCCUUACAGAAGACGCUCAGAGAUUUGCUACUCAAAUGGGAAUUCAAUUAUUUGAAACGUCUGCAAAAGACAAUAUCAAUGUUGAAGAGAUGUUUAUGGCUAUUACACGCCAAGUGUUAAGAACCAAAAAGGAACGGAAGGAACGUCAAGCUAUACAAACCAAGGAGACCGUAAACUUGAGCAAAAGUACUAAGCAACAUAGACGCAAAUGUUGUUAGCAAUAAUAUACAUACCCAUAUACUAAAUAUAUAUGUAUGUAUAUAUAUACAUAUAUAUACACAAAAAACAUUACCACCAUUUCCAACUAUUAUUUGCUACAAUAAAAUAGCGCAGAAUAAGACAGAACUAAUGUUACCGAUGAACAUCAAAACAAGAUGAUGUUCCAGAUUUUAUUUAUAGCAAAUUUCUGUAACGUAGCAGGGUAGUUAGUUGUUCAUUUAAUACGAAGACUAUCACUUCACAUUUUGAAUUGGAAGGAACGAAACAAAUGAUAAACAAAUAGGGCAUGAAAUCCUUGCAGUACUUUAGAUAAGUGUGUUAAAUUAAGUACAAACCAGUAAUGUAGUUCUUUGAAAUACGACGUUCAAUAAUGUGUGGCUCUCUUGAACUUGAGCUUAGAAAUUUGCUUAUUCUUCUCCACGUGAGCUUGAAUUUUACUAUUAGAAAGAAAAGUUCAAAAAUUUUUAAACGGUAACAAAAAUAGAAAUUUAAUCGAUAAACCUUUAUGGACAUCAAUAAAAUAUUGAUAAAAUCACCGUCACAGACAAUUUUGUCAUGUUCAGCCACAGCACAAGUUGUCUGUAUUAAUCUGUGGUAUGUAUGAUAGUCAAGGUAGUACACAUCAGCUUCCCAUUACAAUUUCAGUGCUGCAAUUAAGUACAUACUAUUGUUUCUAAUAUUGUUACUAUUAUUAAUUAUUGCUAUUAAUUUUUAUUUUAUUUCCUCUCCUUCAACGCACAUCUUUAAUUGGCAUUUGAACUUUCAUCUUGAAAAAUGUACAUACACUGUUGCCAGUCUCGACCAUGCCUAAGUAUAUCUAUCUCAACAAAGUGUAUUCAAACUCUUGUAUUGUUAUACAAUAAUAAAGAAUUGUAUUGUAAUAUUAAUUAUUAUACAUUUAUAUUAUAAAUAAAAUAGGCGUCUACGCAUUUUACAGUU